GGAGCGCCCCGCCCGCUUCGCCUGGCGCUUGCGCACCGGACGCCGCCCCGGUCGUGGAGUCACGUGUUAGGCCACCAGUCGCCUCCCCGGCGGGCGCUUCCGGUUGCCGUGCCGCCGCCGCCCAGGGGCCGCGGGAGCCCAGGGCGGUGCCGGGCGGGAGAAGGCCCGGAGUCAGUUUCGGAUCCGCCGCGAGGCAUCUAGGCUGCCAAGAUGCCAGGCCCAAGACCUCGAAAGGGCCCUCGGGCCAGUGGCCAGGGUGUGGCAGCUGCUAAGCAGCUGGGGCUCUUUGUGGAAUUGAGUCCUGAGAACAUGCUGCUGGAGAUGGAUGAGACUGAAGACGACAGGGACCUGGAGGCUGAGCUGCUGGCCCUCACCGGGGAGACAGGGGCCACGGACAGGAGGCCAGCACCCAAGGGUCAGGCCCCCCUGCCCAUGGCCCACAUUGAGAAGUUGGCAGCGGACUGUAUGCAGGAUGAGGAGGAGGAAGAGGAGGAGGAGGAAGGGCUGGAGGAGGAUGCAGAUCUGCUGACUGAGCUGCAGGGUCUGGAUGAGGAUGAGGAGGCUGGGGCCCUGGCUGACGAAGAGGCAGCCAGCCCUGGCGGCCCUGAGGAGCAGACGGGGCAGGAAAACACUGAACUUCCAGUGCAGACAGUCCUAACAACCUCAGUCCCAGUGGCUCAGGCUGGAGGGCCUCGGGGGCUGCAGGCGCUGCUGGAGGAGCGGAUCAGCAACUACCAGGCAGCUGCUGCCAGUGCCAAGGAGGCAGGGGAAGCAGCCAAAGCCAGGCGCUGUGAGCGUGGCCUGAAGACUCUGGAGUCCCAGCUGACAGCUGUGAAGAAAGGCAGGACCAUCAAUGAGGAUGAGAUCCCACCUCCAGUGGCCUUGGGCAAGAGACCCGCAGCCCCCCAGGAAGCAGCCAGCAGGAGCCCCGAGGCAGAUUCCUCAGCCCUCCCUGCUGUGGAGCCAGAUGAGCCCUCCCAACCCGAGACAAGCCCUUUGGGCAGUCCUGGAGUUUCUUCCCCUUCUGAUUCAGACCCAGACCCGCGGGCCCUGUUGUUGGUCCGACAGAGAGAGUACAAAGUGGCUGCCCUUGCUGCCAAGCAGGCCGGAGAUCUGGAUCGUGCCCGAGAACUCAUGAGGAUCGGGAAGAGAUUUGGUGCUGUCCUGGAGGCCCUGGAGAAGGGGCAGCCCGUGGACCUGAGUGCCAUGCCCCCAGCCCCUAAGGACCUGAAGCCCCAGGCUUCCAAGGUCUCCACAGCACUCUCAGUCAUACCCCCAGCCGUGGAGCGAGUGCAACCAGUGAUGACCCCUGACGGCCCAGCAACCCCAGUGGCCUCUGCAGAGCCACAGACAGUGCUGGAUGCCCUGCAACAGAGGCUGAACAAAUACCAAGAGGCUGGCACCCAGGCCCGGGCCAGUGGGGAUGAGCGCAAGGCCCGGAUGCACGAGCGCAUUGCCAAGCAAUAUAAAGAUGCCAUUCGAGCACAUCGAGCAGGACGGAAAGUUGACUUUGCUGAGUUGCCUGUCCCUCCAGGAUUCCCCCCAAUCCCUGGCCUGGAGCCCACCGCGGGCACUGAGGAGGAUGGAUUGGCAACUACACUAGCAGCUGCCCAGAAACUGGCUACCUCAGAGGAUGCAGCCCCAGCAGAGGAGGAUGAGGAUGAGGAUAAGGAUGAGCCCCCACCCCAGGCCCCAGUGGCCAAGAAGCCGGCGCAGCCUCUGGUCCCUUCAUCCCGACCCUUGCCUGAGCCCAAGGCCUUGAGUUCUAAAGAGUCACUGAGCCCAUCUGUGCGGGAGCAGCUGGUGCUGCUGGAGGCACGGAAACUGCAGUACCAGCGGGCAGCCCUGCAGGCCAAGCGUGGCCAGGACCUGGAGCAGGCCAAAGCCCAUCUGCGGGUGGCCAAAUCCCUUGAAGCCCAGAUCAUCCAGGCCCGAGCUGGCCAGCCUGUCGACCUCUCCAAGGUGCCUUCACCCUUGACGGAUGAGGAAGGUGACUUCAUCCUUAUCCACCAUGAGGACCUACGACUCUCCCAGAAAGCUGAGGAGGUGUAUGCCCAGCUACAAAAAAUGCUUAUGGAGCAGCAUGAGAAGUGCCUGCUGUUUUCCAAGCAGUUUAUGCACCAGGGCAAUGUGGCUGAGACUACCCGGUUUGAGAAGCUUGCUCAGGACCGCAAGAAGCAGCUUGAGAUCCUGCAGCUGGCCCAAGCCCAGGGCCUCGACCCUCCCAGCCACCACUUUGAGUUGAAGACAUUCCAGACUGUGAGGAUCUUCUCAGAACUCAACAGCACAGAAAUGCAUCUGAUCAUUGUCCGGGGAAUGAACCUCCCAGCCCCCCCAGGGGUGACCCCUGAUGACUUGGAUGCUUUUGUGCGGUUUGAGUUCCACUACCCUAACUCGGACCAGGCUCAAAAAAACAAAACAGCUGUGGUGAAGAACACAAAUUCUCCAGAAUUUGAUCAACUCUUCAAACUCAGCAUUAACCGAAACCACCGGGGCUUCAGGAGGGUGAUCCAAAGCAAAGGAAUCAAGUUUGAAAUCUUUCACAAAGGAUCCUUCUUCAGAAGUGACAAGCUGGUUGGCACAGCCCAUCUGAAGCUGGAGCGGCUGGAGAAUGAGUGUGAGAUCAGAGAGAUUGUGGAGGUCCUGGAUGGAAGGAAGCCCACUGGGGGGAAACUGGAGGUGAAGGCAAGGCUGCGGGAGCCUCUGAGUGGCCAGGACACGCAGUUGGUCACCGAGAACUGGCUGGUUCUGGAGCCCAGGGGCCUGUGAGCAGAUGGUCAGUGCCACGAGAGGAGUCAGGCCAGCCACCAUGUGCAGGGACUUACUUCUCCUAGCUUUGCUGGCCACGGUAGCCUUUGCACCUAAGGAAGCUGCUGCUGGAAUGGCACCAAGGACCUGUUAACGUACGUGCACUACCGACCAUGGCCCUGGGCUUUCCCGUUACCGGCCCCUCCAUGGAAGUAGACUGGGUUCCUGGAGCCCACUCUGUCCUGCUUCCGACUCCCCCCCAAGCUGGGCGAGGGCAAGGAUGCCCUUGUUGCACUGUG